AUGCGUUGCUCAGUUUCCUCUGUUGUUCGUCCACUAUCAGUAGAUCCUGCGACAGCCAUAGCUACUUUGUGCUCAAAGGGUAACCUUCGAGAAGCUUUCCAGAGAUUCCGACUCAACAUCUUCACAAACACUUCUCUCUUCACCCCUUUUAUUCAAUCAUGCACCACCAGACAAUCUCUUCCGUCCGGAAAGCAGCUCCAUUGUCUUCUCGUCGUCUCCGGAUUCUCCUCCGACAAGUUCAUAUGCAAUCAUCUGAUGAGCAUGUACUCCAAGCUUGGAGAUUUUCCUUCCGCUGUUGCAGUAUAUGGACGUAUGCGUAAGAAGAAUUAUAUGUCAUCUAACAUACUCAUCAAUGGGUAUGUUCGUGCAGGCGAUUUGGUAAAUGCCCGGAAGGUGUUUGAUGAAAUGCCUGAUAGAAAGCUCACAACUUGGAAUGCUAUGAUUGCUGGUUUGAUCCAGUUUGAGUUUAACGAAGAGGGUUUGAGUUUGUUUAGGGAAAUGCACGGAUUGGGGUUUUCGCCUGAUGAAUAUACUCUUGGUAGUGUUUUUAGCGGAUCUGCUGGGUUGAGGUCAGUGUCUAUAGGGCAGCAGAUUCAUGGCUACACGAUCAAAUAUGGGCUUGAGUUGGAUUUAGUUGUUAAUAGUUCGUUGGCUCAUAUGUAUAUGAGAAAUGGGAAAUUGCAAGAUGGCGAGAUUGUUAUAAGAUCAAUGCCGGUUCGUAAUUUGGUUGCAUGGAAUACACUCAUCAUGGGGAACGCGCAAAACGGAUGUCCUGAAACCGUGCUUUAUCUGUAUAAGAUGAUGAAAAUCUCAGGUUGUAGGCCGAACAAGAUCACAUUUGUAACUGUGCUCAGUUCUUGUUCUGACUUAGCGAUAAGAGGUCAAGGUCAGCAGAUUCAUGCGGAAGCUAUUAAAAUUGGGGCUAGCUCUGUCGUAGCUGUAGUUAGUUCAUUGAUCAGUAUGUAUUCAAAAUGUGGGUGUCUUGGAGAUGCAGCUAAAGCUUUCUCGGAACGUGAAGAUGAAGAUGAAGUGAUGUGGAGCUCAAUGAUUUCUGCUUAUGGGUUUCAUGGACAAGGCGAUGAGGCAAUCGAGCUGUUUAAUACUAUGGCAGAGCAGACGAACAUGGAGAUAAACGAGGUCGCGUUUCUGAAUUUACUUUAUGCGUGUAGUCAUUCUGGCUUAAAAGACAAAGGGCUUGAGUUGUUUGACAUGAUGGUGGAAAAAUACGGGUUCAAGCCAGGUUUAAAGCACUACACUUGUGUGGUGGAUUUGCUCGGUCGAGCAGGCUGUUUGGAUCAAGCCGAGGCAAUAAUAAGGUCUAUGCCAAUAAAAACAGACAUUGUUAUAUGGAAAACAUUGUUAUCUGCGUGUAACAUACACAAAAACGCAGAAAUGGCACAGAGAGUCUUUAAAGAGAUUCUUCAGAUUGACCCUAAUGACUCUGCUUGUUACGUCCUGCUUGCAAAUGUUCACGCCUCAGCUAAGAGAUGGCGCGAUGUAUCAGAGGUGAGAAAAUCGAUGAGAGAUAAGAAUGUGAAGAAAGAAGCGGGAAUCAGCUGGUUUGAACACAAAGGUGAAGUUCAUCAGUUUAAGAUGGGAGAUCGCUCUCAGUCUAAAUCUAAAGAGAUCUAUUCAUACCUGAAAGAACUGACUCUGGAGAUGAAGCUGAAGGGAUACAAGCCUGAUACAGCGUCAGUAUUGCAUGAUAUGGAUGAGGAGGAGAAAGAAUCAGACUUGGUGCAGCACAGCGAGAAACUAGCGGUUGCAUUUGCGCUCAUGAUAUUACCUGAAGGUGCACCGAUUAGAAUAAUCAAGAACUUGCGGGUUUGCAGUGAUUGCCAUGUUGCUUUCAAAUAUAUAUCGGUGAUCAAGAACCGAGAGAUCACGUUAAGAGAUGGUAGUAGAUUCCAUCAUUUCAUUAACGGAAAGUGUUCUUGCGGCGAUUAUUGGUAG